AUGUCUUCUGAUCAGGUUGAAGUUUACAAUGGUGAUAAACACUUGAUGGAACAUGUUUCCGUGGUAAGUGAGGCUGACGAAAAGGCAACUAAGGCCUCAACUAAUGUUGACGUUGACGACUAUAUCUCCAAGUUCUUGGAGAUGUCUGAGGAUGCUAAAGCUGAUGACCAAAGAGAAAAGACAAUGAAGUUGAGCGAAGGUUUCAGAACUUUUCCCAAGGCAAUCGCUUGGUCAUUGAUCUUGUCCACUGCCUUGAUUAUGGAAGGCUACGAUACAAACUUGAUGACCAGUUUCUUUGCCUACCCAGCAUUUGCCAAAAAGUUUGGUGACUACUAUCCCGACAUUGACGGUUAUGAGAUCCCAGCAAGAUGGCAAACUGGUAUCUCGAUGGCAUACAACUGUGGUCAGUUGAUUGGUUUAUUUCUCGCUGGUAUCUAUGCCGAUAUAGUUGGUUACAGAAAAACUUUGAUGCCGGCUUUGGCUAUUUCUGUUGGCUUGAUUUUCAUUCAAUUUUUUGCUCCAAACAGAGAAGUCUUGUUGACCUCUUAUGUCUUGUUGGGUAUCAACUGGGGCUCGUACCAAACUAUUACCGUUACUUAUGCCACAGAGGUUGCUCCGGCAAGUUUACGUGUCUACUUGACAACUUAUGUCAAUGUAUGUUGGGUCUUUGGUCAAUUGAUUUCUUCGGGUGUCAUUAAAGGUAUCUCAACCAUGGAUGAUCCAGAAUCUUACCGUAUUGCUUAUGCCAUCCAAUGGGUGUGGCCAGUACCUAUUUUGAUUGGUGUGUUUCUUGCCCCAGAGUCACCCUAUUUCUUGGUGAAGAAGGGCCGUCUUCAAGAAGCUAAACAUUCUUUGAGCAGAUUGCUUUCCAACAACAAGUAUUUGCCCGAUAAGUCUUUGGUUAUUGACAGCAUGAUUACAAAGAUUCAACUUAUUGUUAGAGAAGAAGGCUCCCUCAAUGAAGGUACCAGCUUUGUUGACUGCUUUAAAGGAACUAACUUCAGAAGAACAAGAAUCUCGGCCUUGACAUGGUUGUUUCAAAGUAUUACCGGCUCAACAUUGAUGGGUUACUCCACUUAUUUCUACCAACAAGCUGGUCUUGCCACAUCAAUGUCAUUCACUUUUUCCAUUAUCCAAUACUGUCUUGGUAUCGUGGGCACUUUUGGUUCAUGGUUCUUGUCACAAAAGCUAGGACGUUUCACGAUUUACUUUUACGGUUUGUGCACAAUGUGUGUUUUGCUCAUGAUCACUGGUGGCUUGGGCACUUCAGACUCUAAAUCUGCUAGUUGGGGUAUUGGAUCUAUGCUUUUGAUUUACACUUUUGUUUACGACUUGACUGUGGGACCAAUGUGUUACUGUAUUGUUCCUGAAAUGCCCAGCGCCAAGUUGCGUCAAAAGACUGUAAUGCUUUCGAGAUUUCUUUACAAUAUCGCGGGAAUCAUUGUGUCCAUCUUAUCAAACUAUAUGCUUAACCCUACAGGAUGGAACUGGAAGGCCAAGUCCGGAUUCUUGUGGGGUGGUUUUGCCUUUAUUGCUGCAGUUUGGGCUUACUUUGAAUUACCAGAAACACGCAACAGAACUUUUGCUGAGCUUGACAAGUUGUUUGAAGAUGGUGUUAGUGCUAGAAAGUUUAAACACACUAUUCCAAAUACAUUUGAUGCUGGCGAAAUGAUGCAAAAGAUGGGUAACCAAGGUGUUAAAGAUAUCAUCAACGAGAGAGAACACGUUGAAUUUGCUGAUGACGAGUCAAAGUAA